GAACUUCUAAGCGAGACGCAGGUUCCAGUAAGUUAUGACUGCGUCGAUCAAAACGGUGAAAAUUGAUCUAGGACUUUGGCGAACCAUACCAUCGAAAGCUGGUUUAUCUUCAAACAAAGCUAAUGGGAUCGUUUUACUCUGGUUGAUGAUUUCCGGAGCUGCAGCCCUACUUCCGGAGGAUUGGGUAAGCUCCAGCGACGGCAAUUGGUUGUCAAAUAUGAGUCAUUGUUUCACAAAUGAAGCUUCAGUUGAUGGCACCCCUCAAAGCAUUUGUCAACAGUUGCGAGCGGUUCACGAUUGCUGUCGAGCCGAAUAUGGUGAAAUUGCUGGCGAUUACCUGUCCGAGUUGAAGAAUAUGCUGGUGGACGCUGUUUUACAAACGCGGGACAAGUACUGCGACGGCGGAAAAUCCAUGAAAUCUGCUUACUCACAUCAACCCUGGAAUUGUAUGUCAGAAGUAACAACGCUCUUCAAUCAAUGUUUGAUCGAACUUAUCUCUCCAAAGAAGAUACAUUUCAAAACCUUUAGCUACGUCGAAUGUCAUCUCAUCUACUCCACACAACAAUGCAUCAUCAACGAGAUCCUGAACUGUCGCUCCCCAACCCUGCUGGACAUCUUCAACCGCUUUCUGCGCAGCCUUUUGGCCAAAACACCUUGCGCCGAGCUGGAGAACGCCAACGAGCCUGAUCGUGUGGGAUUUGGGUCAAACACCUGAGUCUACCACUACUGGCACUGGCUGUCCUGGCUCGACUGACUGUACAGACUCGCGAGAUUAUCAUAAAUAAACGCUGCUGACAGAAUGCGUUCAAAGCUCCAGGGGCCAGGCCUGGCACCGCCACGAUUGAAUUAUAUAAUUAACACCCAUAGGUUGGAUGUCGAUGCAUAUUGCCGGUUGGUUCCAGUGCUAUAGCAGAUUCAGUUCUGUGGAACUGCAACUGCAAUUCACCAUAACAGCAAUCGUAGCGUUGAUUCAAUGGCUACCCUAAUAAAAACGUUCGAUUCAUUGUGACUGACAUGCAAAAUAUAGAUAGAAAAAUAGUAAAAUAACUGUAAUGUAUAUGGUUGGGCACCAUAUAUUGUAUGGUAGUUAAAGUUUUGACUACAAAAUAUAUAGUAGUUAAGUGUCGUUAGGCUUGAACUUUCUGUUCAAUAGAAUGUUUUGUUUGAACACCCCAGAAUAAUCAUAGAAUUUAUCGUUGAUCAUAUAAAAUAAUAUAGCAUUAUCGUUAUCUAUCGCAUUCUUGACCGAUGAAAACAAUAAAAGAAGUGGUCUGAUCCUAGAAUCAAUGCCGUUAUCUUUCAUGUGGUAUUCAUUUACGCUGUUUAAAUUUGAUUCGAAAAUUGUGUGUUGAUAUCAAAAGUUUGUGAACAAUAUCUCAACCAUUAAAAACGAUAAGACGUAUGGUUAGUUCAUGAAGUUUGUUCGUGAAAGCAUUGAAUUUUGUUCUACAGUCAUGUCUUACAAUUAGUUGAUAUUAUUAUAAAUUUUAUAGUCACCAUAUAUUUAAUGGUAGAUAAUAGUUACUCACAUAGGAACUGUAUUGUUUGAGGUUCUAAAAAAAAUUGUAUCCUUCUGACAUACUUUUGUUGGUAGAACUACUCCAGAGAUAGAUUGCUCCCGGUACUGAACUGAGACGAAUCCACAAUUAUAUAAAAACGAUAAGGGGUAAAGUUUAUUACUAAAAUUUUAUUGAGAAACCAUCGAUUU